AUGAAGUUUGGCAAGUACUUGGCUGCGCGGCAGCUGGAAUUGCCCGAGUAUUCGGGCUACUUCAUCAACUACAAGGCGCUGAAAAAGCUGAUAAACGCCCUGGUGGCCAACAACAGCAAGGACCAGUCGCUGCAAGACAAGAAGGGCUCUUUUUUCUUUCGUCUGGAGCGAGAGCUCGAAAAGGUCAACAACUUUUAUCUGGAGAAGGAGUCCGAGCUGAAGUUCCGGCUGGACAUUCUGAUUGAGAAGAAGAACAAGGCGCUGUUGGACGGGCGUCUCGAUAACGUCACGAAAAGCUCCAUUGCGUUUGUCACGUUGUACGAUGGAUUCAAGAAGUUCUCCAAGGAUCUGGACCGACUCGAGCAGUUUGUCGAGCUGAACGAGACAGGGUUCACGAAAGUGUUGAAGAAGUGGGACAAGCGCUCGAAAUCGAGAACAAAAGAGCUCUAUUUGUCGACUGCUGUCAAUGUGCAGCCCGUUUUCCACAGAGACGAGAUAAUUGAGCUGAGCGACCUUGUGGCCAACAAUUUGAUGGAGCUGGAGGCGAAGGUCGAGGGCGGCGGCUUUGUGCGGUACGAGACCAAAGAAAACACCAAAGUGGACGACGGCGAGCUGGCCCGCGGAGACAGAGAGUCGGACGAGCUGUACACGGAUUUCUACGAGAUCACGGCACAGAACGCGAACCAGUCGAAGGAGGAGCAGGUUUCCAAGCUGCACGAGUGGGCCAAUCAGGUUCUGUCGAAGCUCAGUCCCGAUAGCAAGCGGUUCACGAUCUCGAAGGUGUUUUUGCUGCUGAUCCCUAAUCUGCAGAUCCCGGACGAAGCGUUGCAGUAUUUCUACGACAACUUCAGAGACUUCAUUGACAUCACGCUGGUGGACGACCUCAACGGCAGAACGUGUCUCCACGAGGCCGCCUCGUGCAAAACCGACCGCGUCGGCAUCGUCAAGCUCUGCCUGGAGAAUAACAUCGACCCGACGCUAAAGGACGUGACCGGACGCACGUGCCUGCACUAUAUCACAGAGCUCGGGCGCGACGACCUGCUGCUGCUUGUUCUGGACUACGCGCCGCGCAUCAAGCCGCUCGCGAGUCUGAUCGACGUGGUCGACAACGAGUCGAUCUCGCCGCUGCUCAUGGCCAUCAUCAACAACCACGUCUCGUCUGUGGAGAUAUUGCUGAGGCACGGAGCCAACGCUUUUCCGCAGCAAAACGACCUCAAGCCGACGUAUCUGCCCCUUAACGUCGCUUGCAAGACCGGAAACCUGGAAGUCGUCCAGCUGCUGCUCAACCAGGCCAGCACGCCGGCCGAGGCCAAGGCAAAGGGCCUGUUGACCAAAUCGUUCCAGAGCAACGCCGAGGGCCUGCUUCCGCUGCACAUCGUCGCGUCGGCCGGCCACGACGACCUGAUCCCGCUGCUGCUGGAGUACGGUGCCGAUAUAAACCAGACAGACAAGCUCAACAAGUGGACGCCGAUUUUCUACAGCGUCACCAAGGGCUACGCCUCGACCACCAGGAAACUGAUAGAGUUCGGAGCCGAUUUCGACAUCAAGGAUGAGGACGGCUUCAAUCCGCUGUACUACGCCCUCUGGGAGGGCAAUGUUGAGGUUGCCAACGUCCUGAUCGAGUCCCUGAAAGCCAGUGCUGCUGCUGCAGCUCCGCGGCCGCUCAAAGAGCCAGAGCUGGCUCCUCCGCAGGCUCCAACCCUGAGCUACACUAAAAACGUGAUGUCUCCGAUGGUGCCCCCGAACCUGGACGAUCUGCCGUCUCUUUCUGAAAUCAGCAAUGUCGACAUGAUUCCGGACUUGGAGCUACCUCCGCCAAUCAUUCCUCUGCGCAAGUACGGCCACAAUUUCCUGGAAAAGCGGAUCUUCCUCAAAUUGUCCUUCUACACCAACAGAAACUCCAUCAGACUCAACCCGGACACUUUCCUCACCUCGAUACCUGGACGGAUCACCAUCAGCUGCGACAAGAACGACCUGAUCCCGCGGAACCUGCUUCUUCCCGUCCUCGACAACGACAAGUCCAUCACGUUCCAAACAGACACUUUUGACGGCUUUGCGAUCGAUUUCGAGCUGUUCCCGACCUUUGGAACACGACUCAUUGCCAAGGGCACGCUGCCGUCGACACUGCUUCAGAACAGGUGUCCCGGAGUCGGCUCCAAGCUCAGCGGCGACAUCGAGGUCCCGCUCGUGGACCUGCGGCUCCGCGGCAUCGGCACGCUCCGGUUCAACUACGAGAUCGUGUAUCCGUACUCGGGCCGGCCGCUGGAAAUCUCGAUGUACGACACGUACUGGAAGUCAUCGUCGUCGGCGGCGGCCGUGAAGUCGAUCUCGUUUGUCACGGCGUCGUCGCUGAGCGGCGAGUACUACCGCGUCAAGGUGUGCUAUCUGAGCGACGGGACACCGCUGGUGUGUCCGAGCUGGCAGAUCACGUUCCAGGGCGUUGUUCUGUCUGUGUGCAGCUUUGACUUCGACCAGCUGUCCCGGCUGCUGUACUCGCCGGGUGAGUUUGAGGAGCUCUGUGCACAGCUGCGGGAGGUUGAAAAUUUGAGCGACGAUCUGGAAAAAUUAGAACAAAUCAUGGCCAAACUGUACAUUCCAUUGGAGCUGUUUCUGCAGAUCAUCGCCGUGGACGUGUCGCUGAACCUGGAGAUUUUUUAUCCGUCCGUUUUCGAGCUCAAUUUCUUCAACAUGAAGUGCUACUCGGUCUCUGCAUACAGUUUGGUAGCAAAGUGCAAAUCGGCCGACCUGAGCCCGACUACCGACAACGUCAUGAACAACUACAUCGAUCUGAUCCUCAACGAUGUGUUCACGCACGUGCGCGGUCUGCGCGCGCAGCGGAACCGCAACCGGUCGCUGAUUCUGUCCAGCGACAACGCUAUGGUGUGCACGAUUUUGAAUUGGAAGCAGCCCAACUACCCUGUCUUCUACAACAUCAACGGAAUCAGGUACAAUUUCGCCACGAAAAGGUUCGAGCCGUGCACCGCAAACGGGUUCCCGACAGACUCUGUGGAUGUGUCGGAGGUGGAGAAGCCGGAGCUCAAGAUCGACAACAUCGACUCCAUCAACAAGGACUCGGUGGUGUAUCUCAACGAUCUACAGUACCAGGACAAGCUCACGCGCUCGAUUAAGCUGGGGAUAGCGUUUGCCACCACAAACAACCUGCUCGGCAUCACGGUCCCGAACAGGGUGCUCUCAAUCUGUCCGGACCUGGUCAAGUCGGUGCGGUCGAAUGGUUUGAUUUUGGUAGCAAGCAAGGACAACGACGAGGCUGACCAUGCAGUGUUCGGCGACUCGCUGGAAAAGUUACGCGACCACGAAAUCGACGUCAACGGACUACGGUUCAACGACAUCCUCAGUUUCAAAGAUGCCAUUGAUAUGUAA